AUGGAAAGCGCCGGCCAUGAGCCAAGGAGCUUUGGAAAUGCAGCCCGGAAUUUUCACUUGGCACGCAGUGCCUAUCUUGAUGGUUCCGAUCUAGGUGCCCGCAUUCCACUAAGGCCCCCAGAGCAGCGAAGAUCCACCGAAGUGGACGUGGAUCAGCGCGAAGACGUGCGAGCGCAGCAGAGGCGUGACGCUUGGUCCUCUCGCAUGACCAGGGCCAUGGAUGGUGCCUUUGGGGCUCUGUCUGGCACGGUGGGGCCAUCGAGUGAAGCACCUGGACUUCAGGAUAGGCGUUUGCUCCGCUCCCCUCGUGCGCUCGAUGCCGAUGCCGCCGGCUGCUGUCGGCCCUUGUCGGCACCGUUGCCCGGAGGCUUGGUGGUGGACAUUGAUGGCAAGAAGCAUCGUCGGCAAGUGGGGCCAAAAAGCAAGCCCGAGAAGACCUUGAAGCGCCACGAUCGCCACAACGACGUGAAGAGUACCCAUAAACAGGCGGACGGCGACUUCCAAGGCCGAGCUUUCUUUGAUCAGAUCGUCCAAGCCGAGAAGUAUGCGAACCUGGUGGGCCAUUGGGGUCAGAUCCUUCAGAACUCCGAGGCCUUGGGCGCCGGAGCAGAGUUGGAUGACACCCUCAGCGGAGCCUUGAUCAAGAGCAUUUGGCAGAAUCGUUUGAAUAGCUUCCGAGGACCUUCCAACGUUGCUUGGAGCACGGCCGCGCACCGGGGAUCAGAAGGCAUUUUCAGGCAGAUCGUCAGUUUGGCGCUGGCCAAAUGUUCAAAUACAUUCAUUUUCUCAAGACAUCAGCCAUUGCUUCCGUUUGUGAUGGUGGACGAAUGGCGGCGACUGGCGCAGUCAGAAGAGUAUGUGAUCUACUUGAAGGUCUUUGCCGCGAUAACCUUAGGUGCAUUGUCGGCCCUGUUCUCGGGCCUGAAUUUGGGAUUGAUGUGCCUCGAUGCAAACCAGUUGCAGCUCCUGGUGAAAGCUGCUGAACAGCCAGAUGCAGAUGAAGAGGCACAACGACAAGGACUUUGGGCCAAGCGGAUCUAUCCGAUUCGAAAGGAUGGCAAUUUGCUGUUGUGUACAGUGCUGUUGGGCAACGUGAUGGUGAACUCCUAUUUUGCUAUCCUCAUGACUGAAUUUUGGAGUGGAACGGCUGCGUUUAUUGCCAGUACCCUCAUCAUUGUGACCUUCGGAGAGAUUCUGCCACAGUCAAUUUGCUACCAGCAUGGCCUAAAGAUCGGAUCUGCACUGGUUCCUUUUGUCACUUUCUUCUGGUAUUUGCUACUUCCAAUCUCCAAGCCUUUGGCUUUGGUACUCGAUCAAAUCUUUGGUGAAGAGAUCGGUCAGAUUCUGGACCAGAAGCAGUUAGUCACGUUGAUCGAGUACUCACGACGGCAAGCACCACACCUCCUCACUGAGCAGGAGGCCAAGAUUCUAAGAGGCUCCUUGGGCUUCUCCACCAUGACGGCGAAGAAUCUCAUGGUGCCCAUGGCGGAUUGCUUUUGCCUCGAUGCCCAUGCAGUGAUCAAUCCGGGGCUUUGCGCUGCAGUCGCUGCUGCAGGCUUCUCACGCAUACCAGUGAUCGACCGCGAUCAGAUGAAUCCCAAGAAGCAGUAUGCGGUGGUGGGUUUGAUCCACGUCAAAGACUUGCUCUUGCUGGACAUCGACCACGAGGUGGCGUUGAAAGCUUUGCUGCCGCUGAUUGGUCGUCCAGUCUUCAUUGUCGAUGAUGAUAGGCCCUUGCUGGAACUUUUGGAUGAGUUUCGGAAGGGAGCCAGUCAAUUGGCAGUUGUCCGUGGCAUCGUCAAUGACGAGGACUGCGACCCAUACUUUCGCCAUGUGGGGAUCCUGACCCUUCAGGAUCUGCUGAACACCAUCGUCCAAGAAGACCUGCACGAAGUGGACGCCGAUGACGUGGAGUCCGUGGUGAGCAGCGAACCCAGCGAGAUGUUCUCCAACGUCCCGCGCUUUUACGAGGAAAUGAUGGACGACACCACUGCCGAAAGUUGUCACCAGGGCCCUUUGGCACGAGCUCAUCAAACUCAAGUCGCUCGGGGCCUCUCAAAGGAUGAGGUGGUUGCUGCGGCAGCUUUCCUGCGGCAGCGCUAUCCGCAACUCUUCCAAGCAGCGGAGCAGACGAAACUGGAAAGUUUUCUGCUGCGCAGUUGUCCCGUGGUUGGCACCGGCUCGGAGCAGGGGACUGCUUUGUAUCGGCGAGGUGAAGGUGCAUGCUACGCAGCCUUGAUCAUCAGUGGUGAAGUCAAAGUCUUCGCAGGCAACGAAGCUCAUGAGUCCAUCCAGGGGCCAUGGAGCUUCCUGGGCAAGCGAUGCUUGGAGAUGGUUCUGGACAACUUACAGCCGAAAGAUGCACAGAAAGAUGCGCCGAAGGAAGCCAAUUCCCGGGUGUACUAUCCAGACUUCAGUGCAUACACCGCGGAGGCGAAAGACUCCAUUGGUGGUUCCAGACUGGUGCUGAUUACAGCUGAAGCUUAUUCCAGCCUUUUGUCUAGCGUACGCACUGGUCUUCUAAGCCUGUGA